UCCUACAUUAUAGAAAAAGCUGUCCCCUGUCUCUCUUUCAUGCUCUCUCUAAUUGUCAAUGGCGAAUCCAAAUUCUACAUAGUCAUCUUCAACCCAUAUGUAUAUAGUAUAUCGGAAUUAUAGACACUCAAAAUUUACACACGCAACUUAUCAGACAUUUACCUGGUUACUCUAAGGGCCUAAUUGCUGCAUUGGGAUUCUUUUUAAGUAAAUUGUAAUAAUUGUUUCAGAGUUGUCAUUUGCUCGACUGGUUAUUUGUGACGUCUCAAGUCUAUUUCAAGGAGUGAUUUUACUGAUCUGAAUUUUCUUGUUUUAACUGCGGAUUGGAUACUUGUGGGAUCAAAAUUGUAUUGGUCCUGUGGUUCUCUUUUGUCUGUAAUUAUUUUGCCACGAAUUGGGACUUUCUUUUUUUUCUUGAGGAAGCUUGGUGGAUAGUGGUCUAGCUCAUGUUAAUUGGGAUUGUUUGGACUCAGGUGAUACAUAUGGGAGAUGUUACCUAAUGAUAGGUUAUAGCUUUCAUAUUUUUUUGGAGAUUUAAGUUUUAAGAGUAACCAGCACUUAUUGAUCUUCUCAAUAAUUGCUUUUAAGGUGGUUUUGCCGGAAACUUGGACAUGAGAAGUCCUUUGCUCACUAAACUACUUUUCGGCCACAGACCGCCGCUGAACUGGUUACUCUUUUGUCUUGUCAGUGUAUUUGUGCUAAUAGCAUUGUUAGGAUCAUCUUCUUCAAGUUCCUUUGGCGCUGUGACCUCCUUUGCAACGCCUGAUAUUUAUACAAGUUAUAGGAAGUUAAAGGAGCAAGCGCUCAGCGAUUAUUUAGAGCUAAAGAGCCUGUCUCUGGGAGCCAAUCAGUUAAAGGACAUUGGCUUUUGUGGCAAGGAAAGAGAGAACUAUGUGCCUUGUUAUAAUGUAUCUGCAAAUUUGCUAGCUGGAUUGAAAGAUGGGGAGGAGUUUGAUCGGCACUGCGAGUUAUCACGCGAAUAUGCACAUUGUUUGGUUCGUCCUCCUAAGGACUAUAAGAUUCCUCUGACUUGGCCAGCAGGUAGGGACGUUAUAUGGAGUGGAAAUGUGAGGCUAACCAAAGAUCAGUUCCUUUCUUCGGGAAGCGUGACAAAAAGACUAAUGCUACUGGAAGAGGACCAAAUUGCUUUCCACUCAGAGGCUGGAAUGAUGGUUGAUAGUGUCAAAGAUUACUCUCACCGCAUUGCUGAGAUGAUUGGGCUUGAAAGUGAUGCAGAAUUUCUUCAAGCUGGUGUGCACACUGUACUAGAUAUUGGUUGUGGCUUUGGUAGCUUCGGUGCUCAUCUUCUCUCGCUGAAGUUGAUGGCUCUUUGCGUGUCAGCAUAUGAGUCAUCUGGUAGUCAAGUUCAGUUAGCACUUGAGAGAGGACUUCCGGCAGUCAUAGGCAACUUUAUUUCGAAGCAGCUUCCAUUUCCAUCAUUGUCUUAUGAUAUGGUUCACUGUGCUCAGUGUGAAAUCGUUUGGGACAGCAAAGAUGGACUAUUUUUAAUUGACAUAGACCGCGUACUCAAGCCUGGAGGUUACUUUGUUCUAACCUCACCCACAACCCGGCAGCAGCAGGGUAGUUCUACUAGUGCAAAGACGGGAAGCAUGUAUACUCCAUUGGAAGAGUUCACUAAAAAGCUUUGUUGGUCUCUUUUGGGGCAGCAAGAAGAGACUUUCAUCUGGCAGAAGACAGUAAAUUCUCAAUGCUACAUAGCUAGCAAGCAGUUUGAUAUACCUAUUUGUAAAGAAGGGGACAUGCAACUGUACUACCAACCACUUGCACGCUGUAUAUCUGGGACAGGCAGUAACCGGUGGGUUCCAAUUCACGAAAGAUCUGGUCCUCUGAACUCAACUGAUAUUGAAAUUCAUGGAGUCCAUCCUGAUGAUUUCUUUGAGGAUUCAGAAUUAUGGAAAUCAGCUUUGAGAAAUUAUUGGUCUUUGCUGUCGCCCUUGAUAUUCUCUGAUCAUCCAAAGAGGCCAGGAGAAGAGGAUCCAUUGCCUCCAUAUAAUAUGGUGCGGAAUGUCAUGGACAUGAAUGCACAUUAUGGGGGUUUAAGUGCUGCGUUGUUGGAGGCAAGUAAAUCAGUAUGGGUGAUGAAUGUUGUGCCUCUUGGGGAGCAUAAUACACUUCCUCUCAUACUUGAUCGAGGCUUUGCUGGUAUUCUGCAUGACUGGUGUGAACCCUUUCCUACAUAUCCACGAACAUAUGAUCUGCUCCACGCGAAUGGCCUCCUUUCGCGCAUUGCUUCACAAGGUUGCAGUAUGCUUGAACUACUUCUUGAGAUGGAUCGUAUUUUGCGACCCGAGGGUUGGAUUAUUCUUUCUGACACAUUGGGCUCCAUAGAGAAAGCACGCAUGUUAGCCACACAAAUUCACUGGGAAACUAGGGUGAUUGACCUGCAGAAUGGAAGCGAACAGCGGUUACAUGUAUGCCAAAAACCAUUCACGAGAAAGUGAUUUUUCUGGAGAUGAGCACUUUCACCAAUCCUCUGAUUGUCCAGUCUUUUUAACAUGGCCUUACUCUCCUAAAAUCCACUAGAAAAGAGGAAAAAACAUGACAUGUUAGAAGUGUCACAGAAGUUUCCAUUGCGAUAUGCCAUUUGUCAUGAAGUGGAAUUUAUUUGAUCUUACCAGGCCACAAGCUGCCUAAAGAGGUCUGAAUCUCGGAGUUCUUGUGAAUAGAUCAUAUGGCGGACUUCAGAGAUAGAAAUACAAUUUAUUCAGAACUGUAGAUUAGAAAAAGCUCUGCUGCAUAAAGUAGUGACAGGCAGCUGCAAAAUUCUUUCUUUUCCUUUCAAAAGUUUAUAUUGCAGUUCAUUCA